AUGCAAGAUGGUGCUCGGUACGUACCCGCGCUGUCAGGGUUCUUGAACAUUUUGCCGAUCGACUCGCAAGCUGACGGACCCCACUCACCGCCAGACAGCACCUCUGACUGGCACACGCUCCCUUUCACCAUCACCGUGGCGUCGAUCAACACCCUCCUCGACGACGUGAAGAAGUCCUUCCUCUUCUUCAAGAACCACCCUGCCCUCUCCACCACCGUCCCACCCAUCCACGUCGACAGGCAAGACACAGACACGCUCACCAGGAUCCUCCACACCCUGCGCGUGGCCGACUUUGCCGACUUUGUCACGCACCCCCGCUUCGACGACCCUUCGUAUCUCACCACCCUUGCCCUCGGCCUCGCGGCAGUCUUCGUCACCAUGUCGUGGUUCUCUCGCGCCGGCGGCAGCUGGGGCGGCCGCUUCUCGCCCUUUGGCCGCCCGGGCGCCUCUCCCAACUCGGGCGUCGUGAACGACUCGGACUUCUCGUACAUCACCAACGAGGACCUGCGCAAGAACAACGGCACCGCGCCCGAGAUUGUCGACUGGGACGACAAGAACCCUGAGCGCGAGACGGACGUAAUCGUCUUCAAGGAGAAGAGGACACACUACCCCAUCCACUUUCCUGCGCACAGCAUACGGGACGGCGAUCUGCGGAUCGGCACCGUCCGCCAGGCCGCUGCGAAGAAGCUCGGCGUCGACGAUGCCCGCCGGAUACGCAUGUUCCACAAGGGCCGCAACCUCAAGUUCGACGAGCGGACCGCGCGCGAAGAAGGCCUCCGCGGCGACGGCACGGGCAGCGAGAUCCUCGUCACAGUUGGCGAAACACCUGCCGGUGGCCUCGCCCCCGGUGCAGACGAGACGGUGCCGCAAUGGAGCGACAACGAAGGCUCCGACUCUGACGACAUCGACUCGGGCGCGAACUCGUCGGGCAAGAAGAAGUCUCGGAAACGCGGCGGCAGGAAGGGCAAGAAGAGGGGCCCAGCGCCCACCUCGGGCUCCUCGACACCAGGCUACGUCUCGGCUGCCCCCGCUGGCUCCGAAUAUCUUCCCAUCCCUUCACACAUUGGCGGCGCACCACGCCCGUCGUCGGCGCCCCCACAGCCAAAGCCGGCGGCAACCCCUCAGACACCGACGGGCAAGCUCGACGCCAUUGCCAGCAAGUUCCACACCGAGUUUGUCCCCUUGUGCGUGCAGUUCAUGAGCAACCCGCCCGCGGAGAAGAGCAAGCGCGACUUUGAGUACAAGAAGCUGAGCGAGACCAUCCUCACCCAGAUCAUCUUCAAGCUGGACGGCGUCGAGACCGAUGGGGAUCCUGACGCCAGGGCGCAGAGGAAAGCACUGGUCAAGGAGGUCCAGGGCAUGCUGACCAAGCUGGACGAAACGGCUAAGCAGGCGAAUAUGUAG